GGAUUUACGCAAUCCACGUACUUUACGAGGAAGAAGGCCGGGGCGAAAGCCAGCGCAAAUACAGCAAGGAAGGCAGCUGGGCCCUCGAGUAGCUGCGCUCAGCAAUAAUGAGAAGUGCAAGAUUCUUAUUAGCUGCUCUCUUCAUCCCAUGGGGUCUUUCUCUGGCAAAGUUUGAUGAAUUUGAUGAUGGUGAUGACAUUGUGGAAUAUGAUGACAAUGACUUUGCUGAAUUUGAAGACGUGAUUGAAGAUCCUGCAACGGAAUCUCCCCAGCGCAUUGUCACGACAGAAGAUGACGAGGAGGAGGCCACUAUCGAACUUGAAGGUCAAGAUGAAAGUCUUGACUUUGAGGAUGCAGACACACAGGAAGGUGAUACAGAGAGUGAGCCAUAUGACGAUGAAGAGUUUGAAGGUUAUGAAGAGAAACCUGAUGCCUCUCCUGGCAGAAGUGAAGAUCUUAUAAAAAUUGUUAAUGUCCCUGCGCACCUCCAAAACAGCUGGGAGAGUUAUUAUAUGGAAAUCUUGAUGGUGACAGGUCUCCUUGCCUACAUCAUGAACUACAUCAUUGGAAAGAACAAGAACAACCGUCUGGCUCAAGCCUGGUUCAAUACUCACCGGGAGCUGCUGGAGAGUAAUUUUGCCCUAGUCGGGGAUGAUGGCACCAAUAAAGAUGCCAUGAGCACAGGAAAGCUGAACCAAGAGAAUGAACAUAUCUACAACCUCUGGUGCUCUGGUCGGGUGUGCUGUGAGGGCAUGCUUAUCCAGCUUAAGUUUCUCAAGAGACAAGAUCUGCUGAAUGUGCUUGCUCGCAUGAUGAGACCAACCUGUGACCAAGUGCAAAUAAAAGUGACGAUGAAUGAUGAGGAUAUGGACACCUAUGUGUUUGCUGUUGGGACAAGGAAAGCCUUGGUGCGGCUUCAAAAGGAAAUGCAGGACCUGAGUGAGUUCUGCAGCGAUAAACCCAAGACUGGGGUGAAGUAUGGACUCCCAGAGUCAUUGGCUAUCCUGUCGGAGAUGGGUGAGGUCACAGAGGGAAUGAUGGAUACUAAGAUGAUCCAUUUCCUCACGCAUUAUGCUGACAAGAUCGAGUCCAUCCAUUUUUCGGAUCAGUUUUCCGGUCCAAAACUUAUGCAAGAGGAGGGUCAGCCUUUGAAACUGCCUGAAACUAAAAAGACACUUUUGUUUACUUUUAACGUGCCUGGAUCAGGCAACACUUCUCCAAAAGACAUGGAGGCCCUGCUGCCUCUGAUGAACAUGGUUAUUUAUUCCAUUGACAAAGCAAAAAAGUUCCGUCUGAACAGAGAGGGUAAACAAAAAGCAGAUAAGAACAGGGCGCGUGUGGAAGAGAACUUUCUGAAACUCACUCAUGUGCAAAGGCAAGAGGCUGCUCAGACCCGCCGGGAGGAGAAGAAACGGGCUGAGAAAGAGAGGAUCAUGAAUGAGGAGGAUCCAGAAAAGCAGCGCCGCCUGGAGGAGGCUGCUUUGCGGCGUGAGCAGAAGAAACUUGAGAAGAAGCAAAUGAAGAUGAAGCAAAUCAAAGUGAAAGCCAUGUAAAAAAAAGCAAAACACAAAGUUCCAGGAAACCCCUUUCUUAGUGCCAACUGUAGAAUUGCAAUUUGCUGCCUACAAAUGAGCUAAUUAUGUUCCUGAUCUUAACAGUUGCCCGUUAAGAACCGUGUUUGACUUAAUGUUUAGUUGCACAUGGAAUUACAUUUGGAAGCAUUUUCUGUGGACGUGUCCACAUGGAAAGGUUAUUGGAACUGGUUACCAUGGAGCUUUUCCUGGAUCAGUCACAGGGUUAUGUCUGGAAAUGGGUAAUCGGUUCUGAUGUAACAUUUUUGUUAUGUGCACUGGACUGCUUCAAAAAAUGAACUCACAAACACCGAAGCUACCCUGCAGUUGGCAGCAUAAGCAAGAUCCUUUGCAUUGGCACUCCCAACAGUUGGGUUACAAUCCUGGCAGCUGCUUUAGUCCUGUUUUGUGUUAGUGGGACUACUAAUAAAUAUUUUCAGGAUUGCAGCCAGUGUUCUGGUUUUAUGUAACAUGCAGAUGUGUGUGUAUAUAGAGAAAGCUUUACAAUGGUCUUCCAUGCUGCUGGACUGGGUCCCCCCCCCGCCCACUUGCUUUGGAUGACACUGCAGAUACUUGUAAUAGCCCUUGGGUUUGGUCUACUACUUGUUUCUUCUAAAAAAAAUUGUAUGUACCAGCAAUGCAUAAGCACUUUGAUUCUCUUUUGAGGACAGGAGCAAAAUAAAGAAUUAUAAUGGUCCAUUACAAAAAAAAAUCCCCCAAACCUCAGACUAGAAAGAAUAUUCACUCCUUUUGUUAUCAAUGCAACAAUAGUUUUUGUUUAAUUGUUUGAUUCUAACUUGUAUUAAACUCAAAACACAUUAAGUGGAUAGUUUGGGGUUUAAAAAAACACAAGUUUCUAAAAAUGUAAUCUUUUUCAUUGUUCCUGUUACAGAGAGGUAGAAAUCAGUAGUAUUUAAAUUCUUUUAGUUGUCAAUCUACAUGGUUUGAAAAUGACAUUUUUAUCCUGCUUUCCCCUAAUGGAGCCUAAUACUUUGAAGAGACUGUAUACAGAUGAACCUUUCUAUUAAGGCUCUGCAGGAUCUGGAUCUACAAAUAUGUGGAUUAGUAUAUAAGCAAUAGGAAAUGAGUGCAAAGAAAUGUGUCUGCUGGUAAGGUUUCUUUUUUAAUUCAGGAAGUUUAAAAGAAUGUGAAUCCAACUGUUAAAUUGCCUUGAUGCAGCGCUGUGGGCACAUUGGGGUGUAUGCAGCUUUCCCCUUGAAUAGAGGAUGCUGCGUGAAGAUGUGUAUGAGGUCAAGCAUGUGGUUCCACAUGCAUUCCUCCAUUGCAGAAUGUAAUCUGUCCAUCAUGUCCCCCUGCCCCGAGUAAGCUUUGCAUACCUGGUUUCUGCACACAGCUCUGCUGUUCCUGUUUCCCUACAUGGACAGUGUAUGCUGAUUUUGGGUGAGUGUGUACAUGUAUGGUUUCUUUCCCUCCUAGAUGUUUAAAGUAUUCAGGAGGAGCUUUCUCUAAAUUUCUAUGUGGUUUUCUAAAUAAGUUAUCUUCUCUGCUGUUUUAACUGUUCUAUGUAUCUGUGGCUGCAGGCUGUGUAACAUUUAGACUCCAGCUUCUUGUCAACUAAUACUGCAAUUAUUUCCUCAGCAAGGUAGAAGAAUUUUUAGAGGAACGUCUCUUUUGUAUCUAUUGAUGACUACAGAGGAGCUUGCUUAUGCUAGGGAAAACUAGGCACCUAAGCUUUUUAAUGCUUUGCAGUGUUGUGGAAUUGCUGCAUUUUAUAAAUGCUUAUCUAGAGGGCAUUUGAUCAUUGUGGUGGGCGUUCUUUGUCAGAGGGUUUUAUGAAAAGAAACAAGAGGGUUAAAAAAAUUCUUAAUGUAUUUUCUUGACUGUGCUUUUAUCUGCAAAUAUCUUUGAUGCAAUAACAUUAAGCUGCUCUUCUAAAUCAGCAUGUGCUAAAAGAGCAUGAAAAUGCACAGUUGUUUUUAAAAAUCAGAAACCUGAAUAACAGUCCAAUUUAGUAACUUUUAUAUAACAGUCAUUUAUGGUACUUUCCAGCAAAAAAAAAAAAUCACAAUCCUGUGUGGGAUUCAAACUAUUUUGUCUCUAGAUGUAGAAAGUAAAAUUGAAUAAAGUAUUGUUUCACAGAGA